UGAGUUCAGUGCUAUAUGUGCUAUACUUCAUUGGGUUUAGCUAGUUUGACAGUUAGCUCUUCCAGCCAGAUGAUGGACCAGAUGUGUUAAAGUAAGGAAAACUCAAGCACUUCCAGGACUUCUGUUGUGCACUUAGAGGCCUAAACAUGUGUAGUCUGACUGAAAGAUGUGCUCAUCAUUUAUUUAGUCUGGUUUCAAUCUUCUUUACUUUAUUGGACAUUGCUUGACUGUUAGCCUAAACCAAAACGCCCAGUCAAAGAAAUGAGAGAGUGGAAAAAUGAGGUUGAUCACACGUCUAAAUCAAAGACCACUGUCUUAAGAAGUGACCAGUCAGGAAGCAUGUGAUCAGUUUGCACGUCUCUCAUUGGUGGGCUGUCUGAACACGUCUAACCGCUAUGCUGAGACGGAAUCGACAACAGAAAGGUUCCAUUGACGUGGACCAAUCAGAUCUCAGGCACAGACAUCCGCUUCAAAGACUCUCACCAUUGUCAGCCCCCAGCUUCAGUCUCUGAGAUGGAGAGAUCAAGAGCUGUGCUCAUCACUCUAAUGUGUGUUUUGAUCUCCAGCAUCUCUGGAAUAGUUGUGGAGAUGAGAGUCAAACCAGGAGACGAUGUCACCAUCUACUGUGACUGUGCUCGGCAGAGUGGAUUUAAAAUAGUAUGGGUGAUAAAACCCUCACACGAGCAUCAACCUCCUCUCUUUCAUUUAACUGAGCACUCGACACUUCCACAUUACUCUCAUGUUUGGAACAAGUCCAAGUUGACAUACGAUCUGUUGGUGAAGAACAUCACUGGAUCAGAACUUGGCUUGUACUACUGCGCUCUACAUGAGACCAAGUUUUCUAGAAAUAAGAAUGGAGAAAGAGUAAAAGAGGAUAUUUAUCAUGAUGGGAACAGAACCACUUUCCUCUCUUUCCAGGACACAACGGUUCCUUCUGCCAAUCUCUCCGAAACCCCCUCCACCCCUCCUGUAUCAGACUGUAGUGUCUGCUGGAAGCUGCUGGUCAGUGUGUGUCCUGUGUGUGUUCUUCUCUUAUCAGUGGUCUCCUCCAUCUGUGUGUACUGCAUCUGCACCACCAGAACUAAAGCUGAUCAUGAAGCAGACCAGCAAAGGAAUAUCAGCAUGAGAAAACAUGAUGAGGUAUGAGACGUAAACAAAGCACCUUUCAUAUUAAACUGCUAUCUAAGUUCAGUCGACUCAAAACAGUUCAUUUAUUUCAUGGAUCUAGUCUGAAGCACAGAUAUCUUUAAAAUAACUGCAGGUUGGAGAAGAUGUUUGCUCUGCUUUAUUGGACGUCCCGAGUGGUGCUGGAAAAUGCCUGAAGAAGAGGACAGCCGAAAGAUUUGAUUCGUGCACAUAUUCUCAGGUUCAAUUUGAGAAAAUGUAGAACUUCUGAGGAGUACACUGGACGAUCAGGAGGUCCAAGAAUGAAGGUACCUCAGUCAGCAGUGUUGGAGUUGAUUUAGAUUCUGUAAGACCAGGGAGUCAGAUUGUUUUAAAUUUCUCUAGAUAAAGCUCAUUCUUGAAGAUCUGGCCUAAACUGAAUGACUUAUUUGCUGACAUCUCAGGUUAUAAUAGCUGCAGUGCAUUUAUUAAGGGCUCUAUUUCAAAAUAACAUCAUUAUAUGUACCUUAAUGAUUGUAGAGACAUUCCAGGUUGGCUCCUCCAAUGAUCUCAUCCUCUGUUGUGUUUUUCUUGUGUUCCUUUCUCUUUUCUUUUAGUUACUAGCUUUUAUAAUGUUUAUUGUUCUUGAAUUAAAGAAAAAAAAGACAGUUCUAACUAUUGAGCGAUGGCCAUGUCUUUCCAGGGUAUUACAAAAUGUAUUUUAGACGAAGACAAACUGCUUAUUUUUCACUGUUUUGACUUAACCUUCUUUAAGAGAGAAUGUUCUUGCGUUUCACUGAAAUUGAAUAAAGUUUAUUGGAAUCCUG